GUCAGAUUCGGUCCGGACCGAUUGCAUAUUGUUGUGCAGGCGAUUUGCUGCAGACGAGAGAAAAACCAACACCAACCAAUCUCCAGUCGGCCCCGAACGUAGGGUAAGUUUUUCCGCGAGCGAAUUUUCAUGAAAAUGCAACCGUUAAGUCACAGUUUCAGGCGCGCAAUAGUGUAGGGGAAAUGUAUUCGCUGUUUCUCUAAUCGGGCACCCGAAAAACUGACAUUUAGAUAAGCUCGAGAACAAAAAUUUCUGUCAAUUAGUGAAAAGUGCAAGAAAAAUAUUAUCAAUACACACACACACACACGCACAUCCGUGUGUAGAGCAAUACUGUUUCAGUCCCCACUAAAGCUCCGACCGGAAGCAAAAACCCGACCAACGAAAACAAAAGGCCCGCUGCAGGUUAGAGCGCGCAGUAUCGCGGGACCGAGCAAGUAAAAAGGAUGGCAUUCAGCGUGCUGAACACGGUCGCGAAGCGCACGGCCGCCAAUGUUUAUGUAACCGGUGGUGGGCUGCUGAAAAAUGUCGCCGCUUUAUAUAAUGCACGCCAACCGUCCCGUGGCGCCGGCAAGUGGUUCCCGGACGAGGAGUUUAUCGACCAGUUCAAGGGCCCGGUCAUGUACCCGGACGAGGUGACCUCCCGCUGGAAGCUGCCACCGUGGAACAGCAAGAUCGCACCGGUGGAGAAAACGGUCCGCAACCUUAGCCUUAACUUUGGGCCCCAGCACCCGGCCGCUCACGGUGUGCUGCGUUUGGUGCUGGAGCUGGACGGUGAGACGGUGAUGCGGGCGGAUCCGCACAUCGGGCUGCUGCACCGCGGUACCGAGAAGCUGAUCGAGUACAAGACGUACACACAGGCGCUGCCUUACUUCGAUCGGCUCGAUUACGUUUCGAUGAUGUGCAACGAACAGUGCUAUUCGCUUGCGGUCGAGAAGCUGCUGAACAUCGAUAUCCCGCUGCGGGCGAAGUACAUUCGGGUGCUGUUUGCGGAAAUUACGCGCAUCCUGAACCACAUUAUGGCGGUCGGUACGCACGCGCUGGAUGUGGGCGCCCUGACGCCGUUCUUCUGGCUGUUCGAGGAGCGCGAGAAGAUGAUGGAGUUUUACGAGCGCGUGUCGGGUGCGCGUAUGCACGCCGCCUACAUCCGGCCGGGUGGUGUGUCGCAGGAUCUGCCGCUCGGUCUGCUGGACGAUAUCUACGAGUUUGCGUCCAAGUUCGGCGAGCGGUUGGAUGAGGUGGAGGAUGUGCUGACGACCAACCGCAUCUGGGUGCAGCGUACGGUCGACAUCGGUGUCGUGUCGGCGGAGGACGCACUGAACUACGGCUUCAGCGGUGUGAUGUUGCGCGGUUCCGGCAUCAAGUGGGAUCUGCGCAAAUCGCAGCCGUACGAUGCGUACGAUCGGGUCGAGUUCGACGUGCCGAUCGGCACGAAGGGCGAUUGCUACGACCGGUACCUGUGCCGUAUCGAGGAGAUGCGUCAGUCGCUACGCAUCAUCGACCAGUGCCUGAACCAGAUGCCGGCCGGUGAAAUUAAGACGGACGAUGCGAAGCUAACGCCACCGUCCCGGGGUGAAAUGAAACAUUCGAUGGAAGCGCUCAUCCACCAUUUCAAGCUGUUCACGCAAGGAUACCAGGUGCCGCCCGGUGCGACGUACACCGCGGUUGAAGCGCCGAAGGGCGAAUUCGGCCUGUACCUGGUGUCGGACGGUUCAAGCCGACCGUACCGGUGCAAGAUUAAGGCGCCAGGGUUCGCACAUCUGGCCGCACUAGACAAGGUCGGCCGUCAUCACAUGCUGGCGGACGUGGUAGCGAUCAUCGGUACGCUUGACGUUGUGUUCGGUGAAAUCGAUCGCUAAUCGAUCCUACGCGAGUAGCGCACCCUAUACUCCCACUGUUUUGUCCGUUAUCUAGAACGUAAACGCCACCAAGCCCGCAGUACGACAGUCCCCAUUUCUCCAGCAUCAUCGUCCAGCAUGUGAAGGAAAUGGAAAACACGCUAGAAAUGCUGUCGAAAAUAUGAAAAUCGAAACGAACACAACACCAUACGCAUACUAUUCGAGCGGUUGCGGUGUUUGUAAAACAUGAGUUACUGUAAAUGAAAAUAAAUAAUUAAAA